AUGUCUCGAUCCUCGCAUUCUCCCGAGCUACUACACGCUCUGCAAGUUCUUUCCACUGCCUCUCUAGAAUCACUCUCCGCCUUGAGCAAUUUGGAUACCUGGAAAUCAGUUGAGGCAGCUUUCUCAUCGAUUCGCAAUGAUUUAGAGGCCGCAGUGGAUAGUAUAGAGAACAGGCGUUACUUUGUACCAUCGAAUAGCAACUCUAGCAGGCCUAUACCCUGCCCUGCCUCCUUGACCCCCUUGAGUUCCUCAAAUGUUCCCACUCAACCACCGCCAGCAGAAAGCUCAUCGACUACGAGCCCGAAGCCAGUGGAAAGCUCAUCAACUGCGAGCCCAAAGCCAACGGAGUGUUCAUCGACCACAAACCUAAAUCCAGCAGAAUGCUCAUCGGCUGCGAGCCCAAAGCCAGCGGAGUUUUCAUCGACUACAAAGAAAAACCCUGAGAUCGACUGGCUUGUUAAAAUAGAGAAAGCUUUAAUACAACUUGACAAGUUUUUGAAGAACUUCCCAGACCUAAAUUCGAUGCUACUGAAACAAGAACAGAAAUGUGUUGAUAAACGAAUAUAUUUCUUGAGGAUUGUUAACGGUAGUAAGGCCAGCAAGCUUGAAAGAUUCCUAUCGGGGCUUGCUCAGCUCUCAUGUGCCUCGUGCUUUUCCACUUGGGAGCAUACGAUAGGGUAUUCUAGGAUAGAUGAGUUGUGCUCCCGCUUAUCCAAAGUGCCCAAGAAAAGCGGAAGGAUUACUCAAUAUUGGAAGAUACAUUAUUCUACUAAUGUAGAUGUGGUUGUAGGGGGAACAAAACAGGGCUUGCGCAAGUUGGCCUUCAUGGAGCUCUUCCAGUUUAGCCAGCAGCGGCGGGCGGACCAGCCGUUCCAAAGGGUGGCUAAAACAGACGUCGCAGAAGGAAUCCUAGCCGUUCUAGUUUCUCUUCCAGCGUUUGAGUUACUGACUUUAGACAAAUACCCUAACGUUAUUAAAACAUUAUCCAAAAAGACAUCUAUCAUUGAUAGAAUCAAGUCCCUAUCACCUUGGUUCGAGAGAUUAAGAGGUGACUUUGAACACCGGGGCACUAGUUCUGUGUCGCCGAUUCCACCGCAUGACGAUCCAGCUACACAUGUCCCAGACGCACAGAUUGAUGUUUUACCGCUUCAGCAGCGCAAGCGACCCUAUCCAGGAGAUAGUGGUUACGAAGACCAAGGUCCACGGCAAAGGCGGCGAGAUAGCGGAGAUGGGGAAGUAGACGGGCUCUCCGAGCACAGCUCUUCCACUAGCUAUACUACAGAAUAUCCCCAUCAAUCCCCUGAGCGGGAGGAUAUAGUUAGAGAAAAUACCGGCGACCUCUCUAAUGUAAGGCCAGACGAGCUCCCCGGAGGAACAGAACAGAACAACUAUGGGAAUGUAAACCCUUCCAACGAAAUCCCUCCCUCUAACGACAUCCCUCCCUCUAACGACGCCACUCCCUCCAACGACGUCCCUCCUGCCAACGACGUCCCUCCUUAUGACGAUUUAGGUUAUUCCUGGCCCUCUGACUUCAAUUGGCUAAAUGCGUUGGACGAGUUUAGGCGCUCUUUGGAGACUUCGGAAUUAUUAGACAAUACCAAUCUGGCGUAA